UCCAAAAAUGCCUUAGCAGCUCUAGUUGUAUACUUUAUUGAUUGAUUCUGGGCAAUGCUUCACAAGUUCUAACAAGGAAGAGACUUUAAAUGCAUGUUUAUUUUGUUGUCGGUUCCGUUUGUAUUUGAGUUUUGAUUGUUGAACCCCCGCACAAAUGGAAGAAGAGAAGAAGAAGAGGAAGAACAAGAAAAAGAAGAAUAAACAGACCAAAGGGAUUGAAAAUAAUGCCGUUGGUGCAGAAGAAUCAGCUUCCUCCAAUCAGAAUCAUGCUGCUGAAAUACGUUGCGCUGACGCACAUACUGAUGAUACUUCGGGAGCAGAUGAGACUCCUAGUAGACAUGUUACUAAUGGUGCCAAAGUCUCAUCUUUAGCAGAAAAUGAGAAACACAGUAGGAUGGAUACAGAGCCCACUUCUCAAGAGAAAAUUAAACAAUUACAGAGAGACAAGGAUGCACAUAUGCAAAAAGAGGCUAUUUCUGAGGAGAAACUGAAACAAUUAGGAAAGGAAAAAGAUGCCAAUUUACUGAAGGAGUCUAACCUUGAAGAGAGGAUUAAACAACUACAGACUGAAAAUAACAAUCAUAGACAUAAAGAGGCUAGCUUUGAGGAGAAAAUCAUGCAAUCUCAAAAAGAAAUUAGCAGUCUCAAGAGGCAAGAGGCCGGCCAAGAAGAAAAGAUAAGACAACUGCAAAUGGAGAAAGAUGUCUACCUGCAGAAAGAGGCUGAGUUCGAGAUGAAGAAUUCUCAAUUACAAAGUGAAAAGAAUUCCUGGCUUCAAAAGGAGUCUGGCUUUGAGGAAAGAAUUAGUCAGUUGGUGAAUGAAGUGGAGAAGUUGAAUUCAAAGAGGGUGAGCUUGGAGGAAAAAGUAGAAGAGAUGGAGAAGGAAAUAGAAAACAGAGUCCAGAAGGAGGUUCACUUGGAGGAAAGAAUCAGUCAGUUGGUGGAUGAAGUGGAAAAUUUGAAUUCGAUGAGGGUGAGCUUGGAGGGAAAAGUAAAAGAGAUAGAGAAGAAAAGAGAGAACUGGUUCCAAAAGGAGGUAAUCUCUUAUAUAUUAAUGCUAGUUGUUUUGAGUGGGCUUUGUUGCUAGUAUCCACUAUUCAGAUACCUAUAUUUAUCAUUUCAGUUGGGGCCAAGUAAUAACUAGCAUUUAACAAGUUAGGUAUUUCGGGUGGCAUUUAAUGGAAUUAUGUUAUGCAUCUCCAUUAAGUUGCUAUGAAAAUUCUGUGAGUAGCGAUAUGAUAUGCUUAUUUGAUGAGGAGAAAAAUGAAUAUGAUUCAAGACGCUUGGCAAUUGAGAAGAAACAUAUUCAUAAAAAUAUUUGGCUUUAAUUAAAUGCUCAUAGAUAUAAUUAUUUAGCAAAAACAAAGUGCACACUGAAGAAAUUGUUAAAGAAAAGUGAAUAACAAUUUGAGUCAGAUGGUUUUGGAAAUACUUAGUGACAGAUAAAUGUGGUUUCUAUUAAGAAGAAUAAUAAGUUUUCUUGCUCACGAAGCUGUCUGCUCUGUUGAGGGAAUAAAAGACAAAAAAUAACAUGGAAAGAAGGAAUCAUGGUAAAUCAUACUUAGCAAGUGCAAUGCACGAUGUUCAUUCAUUUGGGUCUUCCUGUAUGAUGCCAAAAACUUCUGUAUUUCCGUCCUAACAGAUUUCAAGAAGUCAUUUUUGCUACCCAACAUGUACUUUUCUUGUUUUCUUCCAUCAAGUGACAUUUUCUACUUAAUCGUAACAAUUCAUGUUCUGUACAUUUGAACCGAAAUGUCAGUGGGAAGUGCUACUAAGAUGAAACGGUGAGAUGUAAAAGCUUUAUGGCAGACAAUGGCAGUACAAUUUUCUGUGUGGAAAACCUACUGUCAGGGGCGGAUCUAUGUACAAGGUUCGGGGUGGUACACCACCCGCAAGCUUCGGCGAAAACUCUCUCUAUAUGUAUAUAUAUAUAUAAGAAAUAGUAUAUAUAUUUAAAGUGGCACCCACAGAACAAAAGUGGCCAAGGUGCCAGUGGCAAAGGUCCAUCUUUUCCUUCUGCUGGUUGUGAGUUCGAAUCCAGCUGUAAGCAAUUAAAUUUUUGGCUUCAUUCAGUUACAAUUAGUACACUGACACAACACACUUUCUAUUUUAAAUGUUUGGCUUUUAACUAAUAAGAUAAAAUAAUAAUAAAAAGCUUUACAAUUAAAAUAAUAUUCCUAGAAAUCUAAAAGCCUUCCGCCACUUUCCCCUUUCCCAAAAUUAGUCUCCAGCAAAAGGAAUCCCAAUUCCCAAGUCCCCAACCCCGUCUCCAGCAAAAGGAAUCCCAAUUCCUAAGUCCCCAACCCCCACUUUGCCCGUCCAGUCCGUUGGCUUCUGGUUCUCACGCUCACAUCUUCAGUUCGUUCUCUUUUGCUGCUUCAAAGCACGCUUAUGUACAAGGUUCGGGGUGGUACGCCACCCGCAAGUUUCGGCGAAAACUCUCUCUAGUGGUAAAGGUCCAUCUUUUCCUUCUGCUGGUUGUGAGUUCGAAUCCAGCUGUAAGCAAUUAAAUUUUUGGCUUCAUUCAGUUACAAUUAGUACACUGACACAACACACUUUCUAUUUUAAAUGUUUGGCUUUUAACUAAUAAGAUAAAAUAAUAAUAAAAAGCUUUACAAUUAAAAUAAUAUUCCUAGAAAUCUAAAAGCCUUCCGCCACUUUCCCCUUUCCCAAAAUUAGUCUCCAGCAAAAGGAAUCCCAAUUCCCAAGUCCCCAACCCCGUCUCCAGCAAAAGGAAUCCCAAUUCCUAAGUCCCCAACCCCCACUUUGCCCGUCCAGUCCGUUGGCUUCUGGUUCUCACGCU